UUGAAAGAGGGAUGGUCGAAACAGAUAGCAGAAUCAAGGCUUACAAAUUUGUGGCCUAUUCGGCUGUUGCUUUUUCCGUAGUUGCUGUCCUCUCUGUUGUAAUCACUCUACCAAUGGUUUAUAAUUAUGUAGCUCAUGGUUCAGCAAAAGAUAUUUAUGUCGAAGUAGCACACAUGAAAACUGCAGAAAUGGGGGGUGCCAAAAAUCGAACAGCACGUCAAGCUGGUGGAUAUGCUCCUGUAGUGAACGCGCCACCUACAUGUGGAGACUGUUGUCUACCUGGCCAACCUGGACCUCAAGGCCCACCUGGAAAGAGUGGAAAGCCAGGAAAACCUGGAGCUCCUGGGACGCCUGGCACGCCGGGCAAACCGCCAGUCUCUCCAUGCGAACCAGCAACACCACCACCAUGCAAACCAUGCCCACAAGGACCGCCCGGCCCUCCAGGACCCCCUGGACCACCUGGAGAGCCUGGUGAGGCCGGAACACCUGGCAGACCUGGAACUGAUGCACCAAAUGGCGAACCUGGUCCACGAGGGCCGCCAGGACCACCUGGAGAGCCUGGACCGCAAGGACCCCCUGGUGAACCUGGAACACCAGCUACACCUGAAGCACCCGUACCAGGAGAACCUGGAGAGCCUGGAGAUAUUGGCGCCCCUGGUCCACCUGGACCUCCAGGACCACCAGGUGCUGAUGGGCCUCUUGGACCUCCAGGACCAAAAGGAGAACAAGGACCAGAAGGAUCGCCAGGAUCAGAUGGAACACCUGGCCCUCCAGGACCAAUUGGACAGGCAGGAACACCAGGAGAGAAGGGAAUCUGCCCAAAAUAUUGUGCAAUAGAUGGUGGAGUCUUCUUCGAAGAUGGAACUCGACGUUAA